AGUUUGUAUUUUUUGAAAUUUAAUAAAGCUUUCUAUUAUAUAUAUAAAAGACUGUGAGAAUCAUGCUUGAAAAAUGGAUUACUGCAGGGGUGUCAAACUGCUGGCCUCUGGGCUGGAUGCAUCAUAGCGAAACUGCACCCACCCCAUUGCCAGCAAUGGCAAAAAAGUUGCAAUACAUCACGACAUGUCACAUGACAUUGUGAGUUUACCACUGGAUUACUGUUUUAAGCAAGUGCCAAAGUGCCUAUCUUAAUGAAAAUCAUUGACCAUUAAAAAUUUUAUAUAUAAAACGUAUUUAAAAUCAUUUGAAACAGGGUCCUGUAGGGAAAUCUAUAACAUGGUAGCUCUAACAUUAUUACUUCAUCAGUAUUGUCUUUAUCUUAUUAUCAUUACCAUUAUGCACAUUAUUAAGAAGUCUAAUUUUCUCACUAGGUUACAGUAUAUAUUGUGAUCUCAAGAAAAAUACUUUGGGCUAAUAUUUUCUAAUAUGGCCUUGCUAUUAUUGCUUAUUUUUUGUUGUUGCUUUUCUAAGAGAAAAAAAAUGGAAACUUGUCAUUUCAACUCACGUUUUGGGAAGAAACCAAAAAGGACCAUUUACUAAUGCAUUCUUAAAUACUAAAUUCGCUCCUGAAUUUAAGAAGUUUUCCUGUGACUUGACCCAUGCAGAUUUCUGAGCAAACCCAUAUCGUGAAAUGUUCAAAUGGAGUUCCUCUCCAUAGGUAUACCAUCAAAAUUUCAGCCUAUUGUUUUCUUCCAGAGGGAUGGUAAUCCUUCUUAUCAAGCGUCCCUAAUGGAGAUUUGAAAUAGAUUCGCAGUUAGAGGAACCUUUGCAGAUAUUCAACACUGGAUGGGGUGGGAGCUCAUGGUGAACAGCAUCCGUGCUUACGUGAGAAUCCUAGAAGUUACGUACGAGUCUGAAAUGCAGAACCCCAAUCUCUCGUUUCUGGCUAAGGAACAAAGGAUACAAAACGCAAGUCGGAACCAAAACGCUGUGAAGUCACGUGCCAUAAACGGGAAACGAUGCACACCUCCAGCCAGGAUAGCUUCAGCCUUCAUUCAGCUUGUUUCCUGAAUGAAACAAAGGUUUGCUUCAUCUCUAUCAUCUCAAUCCAGGCGCAGGCGCCGAAAUACGCAUGCCUGGCGGGUCGCCCUCUUUCCUCGUGUCACGCGCUUGCGCAUUGUGUAGCCGUGUUCGGGCGCGAGCCGUAGAGUCGCGUUCCGCGAAAGAUGGUUGGCUGAACCGGCGUCUUGCAGCUGUUCUCUAUGAAUCCGGGAGCGCGUCAGCAUGCGCGGAAGAAGGCGCGUGGAGUCGGAGCGGCCGUUCGCUUGCGGCCUCGGGGAAAGGCGGCCGGGAUGUCGGUGCCCCCCGCGUGCGCUGUGUCCCGGCGAGGGCAGCAGCCGCCGCGGGGCAAGGCGAUGCGCGGAGACAACCGGGAGAGCGAGGAAGACGAAGAACAGGCGGAGCUGGGCACACGAGAGGGAGAAGCGGCGGCAGGGAACACCCAGUGCGAGCGGGACUCGCUACAGCAGUUGGCGACCAACAAGGUGGACGGAAAAGAGGAGGAGAAGCAGGAACGGGAGCACUUCCGGAGAAUUAUCAAUGCCUUCCGUUACUACGGAACUAAUAUGCAUGAAAGAGUGAAUCGUGCAGAAAGACAGUUUAGGACUCUUCCAGCCAUGCAACAGAAAUUAUUACCUCAGUUUCUUCCUCAUCUUGACAAGAUUCGAAAAUGUGUUGAUCACAAUCAAGGGAUCUUGCAGUCUAUUGUGAAUGACUGUACCCGAAUGUUUGAAAAUAGAGAAUAUGAUGGUGAUGGAAAUGGAAAGAUUACACCAGCUUCAACUUUUGACAUGGAUAAAUUAAAAUCCACUCUGAAACAAUUUGUAAGAGAUUGGAGUGAAACUGGGAAACCUGAGAGAGAUUCUUGCUAUCAGCCUAUCAUUAAUGAAAUUGUAAAGAAUUUUCCAAAAGAGAUAUGGGAUCUCUCCAAAGUAAAUGUCCUGGUACCUGGUGCUGGGCUAGGUAGAUUGGCCUGGGAAAUAGCUAUGCUUGGUUACACUUGCCAAGGAAAUGAAUGGAGCCUGUUUAUGCUCUUUUCUUCUAAUUUUGUACUCAACAGAUGCUGUGAAACUAAUUCAUAUAAAUUAUAUCCCUGGAUUCAUCAGUUUAGCAAUAACAGGAGAUCUGCUGAUCAAACACAGCCAAUUUAUUUCCCGGAUGUUGACCCUCACAGUCUUCCUCCUGGUGCCAACUUUUCUAUGACAGCAGGCGAUUUUCGAGAAAUCUACUCUGAGAGUAAUAUAUGGGACUGCAUAGCAACCUGUUUCUUCAUAGACACAGCACACAAUGUCAUUGAUUACAUUGAUACAAUAUGGAAAAUACUUAAACCAGGAGGAAUAUGGAUCAAUUUAGGUCCUCUUCUUUAUCAUUUUGAAAAUUUAGCAAAUGAAUUAUCUAUUGAAUUGAGCUAUGAGGAUAUAAAAAGUGUAAUAUUACAAUAUGGAUUCCAUAUUGAGAUGGAGAAUGAAUCUGUUUUGACAACAUACACUGUGAAUGAAUUAUCUAUGAUGAAAUACUAUUAUGAAUGUGUGAUGUUUGUGGUUAGGAAACCAGAAAGCUGUAUCUGAAAUGGACUGUCCAAAAAGAACAUUGCUGGCAUUUUUGUUAACAAUGUUAGCAGAACAUGAAGUGGCCUGUAAGGGAUGACUGGACCCAGCCUCUUAUUAGUGGUGCCUUUUUAUUCCUAACAGAAUGUAACACUCUUUAUUUUCUACACUCCUUAUGAUAUCCAGACAUGCAUUUCUUCAUUACUUAUAUUUGGGUCAUUUGGGAAUUCAAAUAUUCAUGUAUCUGCUCUUUCUGUUUUAAUUGGUAAUUUUGGAAAGAUUGCUAUUUUAAUACAUUAUUGACAUUCAUCUCUCCAUAAUAUACAGAAAUGUCUACUACCUUUGUCUGAAAGAAACGCUACUGGAUACAAAACUGAACCCCCCUCACCACACACAUAUUGUUUAGAAAACAAAUACAAAUUUCACCUAAAGUAUUUUGAUCAGUAUGUUAGUGAUUUUUCUGACAGGGUUUUUUCCCCAAAAAAAUUGCAAAUACUGCAAAAAGCAUAAUGUGAAUGUGGCUGUUUACAUGUCAAAGCCUUAGAAAAAGUAAGAACAGUUUUGUAAAAAACCUCACAUUUGUCCUCAUAAGAAUUUUAUAAACAAAAUUGAUGUCACUUUUCCUCAUACCAUGUUGAGCAUAUGGAUAGUUUGAAACUGAUAUGGCAGCUAUUAUUAUAAACUUACUACUUGUCUAAAUGAGACUGUAGUUAGGUUUGUAAUAUUUUGUCAUAAAUCCCAAAAUGACGAUCUAUAAGUAUUCCUAAAAAAUAUCUAGCGUUGAUCCAUAUUGUAAUUUUAAGGCAUUAUUUUUUGAUAGAACAAGUUCAUAUGUAGUAAAACCAACUUCUCUCUAUAGUUCUUUUAGGACUGUGCUAUUGGUAAUUGUGCUGAACUGCCCCACAUUAUGAUAUGUUGACACACGUACAAGAACAAACUGGAUAAUUAUGUUUUGAGAAAUGUACUAUCAGUCCUAGAUCUCAUGAUGUAACUUGUUGGAAUCUGUCAUAAUUUUGCACUAAUUACCAUAUGAUUACUCUUUACUAGACAUAACUUGAGUGCAGCUCUGUUCGAAUUUAUGCAUCAUUCACUGCCAUGAAUUCUAGUUAUUUAAGUACAGUUUAUGCAAGAUUUCUUUAAAAUUAAUCCUAGGUAAAUUUAUGGAAAUUAAUGUACCAUCUGAAAACAAAGAAGUUAGGCAUCCUUCUAUCCAUUUAAUAUAUCAACUUAGCUUGAAAAUCUAGUGCAAAAUUUUUCCAGUGAAUUGAGCUAAGAAGAUAGAAUUUUCUUAGUACAUGACUGGCUUUUGAGAUACCAAAUAGUGCAAGAGAAUCGAGAUUUAUGUUUUCUCAUAUGCUACUAUGGCCUAGUUAACUUAUUAUGUGUCCUUUUUGAAGCUGAAAGAUUAAAGAAUAAUUUUGCUUCCUGCUGUACUUGAACUAGAAAUAGAAUAUAUUGCUCUAUGAGCAACGCUGUUAGUUAUUUAAACUCAUAGUGCAAAAAGUCAGGAUUCAAAUUUGCUUAUUAAGUUCCUUGGCUAAGUAUAAACUGCAGAAUAUGAAAACUUCGUGCGUUUGUUUUAAUUGAUCUUUUAAGAAAAACUGAAUUCCCAUAUUAGAGCAAGCGCUACUCAUACAUGUUCAAGGUAGCCUUUCAGUGCAAACUUACCUGAGAGUAAGUCCCAUUGAGGUAAGAGGGGUUCAUUUCUCAGUGGAUAUUAGAUUGUUCUAUUGAUAUUUUCCUCCUAUCUUUGCUAAAUGCAGGACACAAUUUCUGUGUCUAUCUUUCACUCCUAGAAAAUGCUCUUUUACAACUUAAACAGUCUGAAACUACUUUGGAACUAAUGUAUUUUAUGCAUCAGUGGUCAAAUAUUUUUUAUUGUAAAUCAAGUGUUUUAAAUUCAUCAGAUUUAUUUGCUUUUUACAUUUCUUAUUAAAAUUGCAAGUAUUAACCUUUUAAGUCAUUAAAUUAACAUUUUCUUUUCAAUUCUCUUCCAUUCCCCAUUUGAACUCCACUUUUCAUGUAAGGUAUUUGUGUGUAUACUUUGAAAUUCAGCAGUAAUGACUUUUUGAGGAUUUUUUUCUUCUACAUGUUCAAUACUUUCAGGAUACAAAUAUGGCAAAGAUUUCUGAAAAUUGGGAAUUAGGAUUCAUUUUCCAGUACUGAUACGUAGAAUUCAUAUUCUGUAUCUUACAAUAGAACUAUCAUGGGUUAAUCUUUGUUAAUUCUUACAUGUAUGUUUGCAUACUCUGUAUAUUUGCACACAAUAGAAAAUUAUCUAUUUUGAUCAAAACAAGCUGGCAGUUGUGAUCAUUUUAUGAUCAUGUGUAUAACAUUAAAAGGUACAUAUGCAGCCCCAUUAAAUGAAAGUAAAUUAAAAACGUAAAGUAUCCUUUAUUUCAAAUAGUGACUUUGCAAUUAUCUGCGAAUAUAUUCUUGCAAUAUUACUUCCAAGUAAUGUAGCAAGUGAACUUUAAUUUUCUUCUGUAAUGAUAGUGCAACUACGACCACUAUUUUGUUGUUGUUUUUUCAGUAUUACUGAUCUUGUUUCCAUUGUGUAAAUUAUCUCUGAAUACCUUUUCAUCAUCAUUUUAUUAGCUGGAAAUGACAUAUAGUGGUGCUUGAAAGCUUGUGAACCCUUAUCCUGCCUCGUUUAAAUUACAAAAUCCUGGGUAUUCAUUAGCAAAGUCUGAUUUUCACAAUGUAGGUAUGCAGAAGUUUGUUGUGGAUCAAACAAGAGAUUUUGGAGGAUCUCAAAAAAGAAAAGAAAAAAAAGAGAGAAAAACCCAGCUGCUGAUACUCACUAAUCUGGAAAAGAUUUUAUAAAACCAUUUCCAAAGAGUUUGGACCCCACCAUUCCACUGUCCGACAGAUUAUACACAGAUGAAGGCAGUUCAGCACCAUUGUUAUAUUAAACAAUAAUGACAAUGUAACAGAUACAAUACAAUAAUGUAUUUGGUGGUGCCAGUAUUUGGUAAACAAUAUACUGUUACUCUAUUCCUCAAAGGCCUUGGAAAAUCACCUUUUAAUAAUUUUCUGGAAAAACAAAAAGAGAAAGGAAGCUGUUCCAUAGAUGCAUACUUCCUAAAGAAAAUGCCUGCUUCCAAAAUUUUAAAGAUGAAAUCGCAGUAAAAUAAUGGAAAGAGCUAUAGAGAAAAAUCAAUACCGUUUACUACAAUAUACAAUUUAAUGGAAAAUUAAUGUAAAAUGUUGUAUGCUUGGUACAGGAAGCCAACAGUUUUCAAAAUAGAUGAAUCAUAUAACAAUAAAUGUUGGGAAUGAUAAAA